AUGCGCCAGCCUCCAGAGGUUCUCCCCUCAUCCAUCCCAGUCCCAGAGGCAGUCCUGCGCUCCUCGUCGUACGUGUGGUACUACUGUCAACGCGCAGCGCACGCCAUCCCUGGCAUGCGCUACGUGGUGUCGUACGUACGGAAGUCGCACCAGGACGAUCCCUACCGCACGCUUUUUGAGCUCUUUCUCAUAAUAUAUGGUAUCAUCUACUUCUUCAGGAAACCCCGCAAGCAGGGCGAGCAGGCUGCCCCCAAGCUUUCGGAGCGCGAGGUUGAGGCUCUUCUCGACGAGUGGGAACCCGAACCUAUCGCGCAGCAAAACAUAAAACUCGAGUGGCGCGCCAAGUCCACGCCCGUACUUAUGGGUAACAGCAGCGCGCCUACUCGUGUGAACUUGACGCGCGACGAGGGCCGCGAGUCCUACUCUGACGUGCUCAACUGCGCGUCCACUAGUUUCCUACAAAUUUCUAGCGACCCCGAGUUUGUAAAGGCCGCCAAAGACACUAUCCACCAGUACGGUGUCGGCGCAUGUGGGCCAGCCGGUUUUUAUGGUAACCAGGAUGUGCACUCGGAACUGGAGUACAACUUGGCGCGCUUUUUCGGCACCGAAAGAGCUGUUCUCUACGGCCAAGACUUCUGCAUCGCAGCUUCCGUAAUCCCAGCCUUUACCAAGCGUGGUGACGUGAUUGUCGCUGAUGACCGCGUCAAUGUCGCCCUCCAGAAUGCUCUACAACUGAGUCGGUCUACUGUUUACUACUACAACCAUAACGAUAUGGAGGCCCUUGAGGAGCUCCUUGAGCAGCUGCAAGAGCGCGAGCUCAAUGAAAAACUGCCAUCGCUUCCCAGAAAGUUCAUCGUUACCGAGGGCCUUUUCCAGAAUUUGGGCGACAUACCCGACUUGCCUCGGCUCGUGGAACUAAAGCGGAAGUACAAAUACAGAUUGUUGGUUGAUGAGACUUUCUCGCUAGGCGUUUUGGGCGCCAACGGCCGCGGUAUCGCUGAGUAUUACAACAUGAAGCGCGAUGCCUCCGUCGACAUUACAAUUGGCUCGCUGGCGGUGGCUUUAGGGUCUUCAGGUGGUUUCGUGCUUGGCGACAACGUCAUGUCCAUGCACCAGCGCAUUGGCUCGCACGCUUACACAUUUUCCGCAGCACUACCAGCCUUCGCCGUGACCACGGCGUCCAGAGUCCUGGAUCAUCUAGAGCACGACAAUUCCGCAGUACAGAAGCUGCGCUCCCUGUCACAGCUCAUGCACCAGCUCUUCAUCGAUGACAGUGAACUUUCUCCCUACAUCGAAGUCACGUCCUCCAAGGAAUCUAGCAUUUUGCAUUUCAGACUCACGGAUGAGUACCGUUCGCGCGUGUUCCACACCACUGAAGAAUCGCUAUUCCAAGAACUAUCGGCUAUGCACGCUAAAAACUUGAGUGAGAAGUACAUUGAAGGGUGCGAGCGCGAAGAGAAGCUCUUGCAACGCAUUGUUGAUAUGGCCUUAAAGGAGCACAAAGUGUUGCUUACUCGCAACACCUUCGUGUUGAAGCACGAGACCCUACCCGUGACUCCUAGCCUUAAGCUCUGCUGCAGCGCCAAGAUGACUGAAGACGAAUUGCGCAGUGCGUGCGAAAGCGUUAAGAGCGCCGUCCUCGCCUGCACCUCAGAAUAG